AUGAAUGUUCUAGAACUCCUGACCUACUCAAACAUGCUCCUGGUGCAGGGUACCUAUGCGAGCAUCUUUGUCCAGUCCAUGCCUCCGUUGCUGGUUCAACGCUUCAUCCUCAACCUCCGCCAGCUCAGCCAUACCGGCCAGGCUAGCAGUGCAAGCAUCCCGGAUGAGCAGCACUUGUCGCGCAUCCCUGUGAGCUUCAGACGUUCCCUCUGUAUUUUCUAG